UUUUGGCAGCUGUUGUUCAGAAAGGUCGUAGAAGCCAUGGAAAUUAUGCUGAUUGCCGUAGUGGGUCCUGUCAUCCGCUGUGAAUGGCAACUUGGAAACUGGCAAGUGGCUUUAGUGACAACUAUGGUGUUCUUUGGUUACAUGGUAUCCAGUGUAAUAUUUGGAGUUCUAGCUGAUAGAUAUGGCCGUUGGAAGAUUUUAGUCAUCUCUUUCAUCUGGGGAGCCUAUUUUUCCUUGCUGACAUCGUUUUCCCCAUCGUACAUCUGGUUUGUCUUUCUCCGGACCAUGGUGGGAUGUGGUGUAUCAGGUCAUGCACAAGGGCUAAUAAUAAAAACAGAAUUUUUGCCUACAAAAUACCGGGGAUAUAUGCUGCCAUUAUCACAGGUAUUUUGGUUGGCAGGCUCCUUAUUAAUUAUUGGCUUGGCAUCAGUGAUUAAUUCAACCAUUGGAUGGCGGUGGCUGGUUCGGGCUGCCUCUCUUCCAGGCAUCAUUCUCAUCCUAGUAUUUAAGUUUAUCCCUGAGUCUGCUCGGUAUAAUGUCUCAUGUGGAAAUGAGAAGGCCGCCCUUGCUACACUGCAGUGGAUUGCUAAAAUGAAUCGUUCUGUUAUGCCUGAAGGAAAAUUGGUGGAACCUGUUGAUGAAAAAAGAGGUAGAUUCAAAGACCUCAUGGAUCCCAAAUACUUAAGGACAACUUUGCAAAUAUGGAUUAUAUGGCUUACAAUAUCUUUUGCUUAUUACGGUGUCAUCCUGGCAAGUGCAGAGUUAUUGGAGAAGAACCUGGUUUGUUCAACAAAAGGAGGAUCAGUAAAGGAGGAGACGGGUGAAAUUUCUGAGGCAGUCCAGAGUCCUUGCUUCUGCCAUCUGUUUGCCCCCUCGGAUUACCAGAUCAUGUUUAUCAGCACAGUUGGAGAGAUUGCACUAAACCCUUUAAACAUUCUGGGCAUCAAUUUCCUGGGAAGGCGUUUGAGUCUGACAAUAACCAUGGGAUGCACUGCAGUGUUUUUCCUUCUCUUGAAUAUAUGCACUUCAAGCAUGGGUCUCAUUGGUUUUCUCUUCAUGCUGCGUGCUUUUGUGUCUGCAAAUUUCAAUACUAUCUACAUUUACACAGCAGAGGUUUAUCCAACUACAAUGAGAGCCCUAGGCCUGGGGACCAGUGGUUCCCUCUGUCGUAUUGGUGCUAUGGUAGCACCUUUUAUAGCACAGGUGCUUAUGAAUGCUUCUUUCUUAGGAGCCCUUUGCCUUUUUGCUUCAGUUUGUGUCGUGGGUGCCAUCUCUGCUUUCACUCUCCCCAUUGAGACCAAAGGGAGAGCACUUCAGCAAAUGAAAUGACAUGCUCACCUGAAAGAGGAUAAAUACAAGAGAUCAUCACACCUUACCAGUUUGACCCUGUUUAUUGAAAGGAUAACUAUUUUUUCCUGCAUAUGUCUUUUAAACAAAUGUAUUGGAAACCUGAUGUAUUGCCAUUACCUCAGUUGGAAACCUCUGCAUAUCUUAAGUAAACAGAAGUAAAAAAAAUAAAAAAUAAA